AUUCACGUUUCCACUGAAGGACAAAAGGGAGAGUGAGCGCAUGUGCCUGUGCCCUGGCUGACUGCUUGCUAAAGCACCCCAAAACGUGCUGGGGGGGUAAAAAAAAAAAAAAUACAUCGUAAGCUGUUGCUGCUGCACACAGCAAUGGAAGCAGGACUAAGGCAGGACCAGCAGGGUUAAAAGGAGAAGAAAAAGGGAAAAAAAGAAACGCGAGAGCGAGAAAGAACGCUGUUGCCGUGGGGACGUACUUCUCCCUCCCAGCGCUCAUCCGGCAGCAGCUCAAGUCGGGGGCUGUGGGUCUGAGCUCCCCAACGCUGCUCUCAGCUCAGGACACCGCAGGGGCUCUAGCUUCGCGCUAUACGGAUACUUUUCAGAUCGACGCUACGUCACAGGAGGGGAGGAGAAGUGCGCUCUCUCGCUUGCUCUCUCACUCUUACUCUCAUUCCAGGGAACGAGAGAGAGAGGGAGAGAGAGCAAGCGCAAAAGAGAGAGAGAGCACGAGCGUGCGAGCGAGCAAGCGCAAGAGUGUGCUCGAAAGCAGGAGAGAGCUUUCUCCACCAAGCAAGCCUUAUUGGGCUCGUGCUGCCAGCAGUACCUUCCUUCGGACUCGCCGAUUCCCUUUUCAAAAGAAAGUGACGGAUUACCAGGAAGACUGCGGGAGGCAGAUUGCUGCCGCUACCAUUUGUGAAUCUGCCGAGCUGGAGAGCGGAACUAGUUAAGGAAAGAAGCAACCCAGUGACUGCAGUGUCUCACACAGCCUUUUAAACUGACCGAGGCACAGAGGCAAAUCAAGCAGACAAGGGACAAGCCUUGACAGAAGGAGGACAGCAACUGGGAAACGCAUUUAGGCAUUAUACUAUUAUGGAGACUCAGAAAAGGCAUUUAACAGCGGCUUCAAGCGGCAGUUUCCAAGGACAUGCUUCUGCGGAUGAGGUGACAGCGAACGACGGAGCACGUCUCUGGGAACAAAACUGGAAUGUUAUCAUUGCCUAAAGCUCUGUGGGCCUGCAGCUUUUCUUUGGAUGCUCUUCUUUGGAUUUAUUAGGGGCCAUUUUGGUGUUCUUUUUCCUUUCAACAAUAAACUAAAUUAAAAGGCAUUCCUUUUCACUGGGAUAUAUGAAUCUUUGAAAAAAAGAAAAAAAAAAAGAAACAGAAAAAGGGAGAAAAUAGCAGCAUCUGUGAUUGUGAUUGCAAAAAAAGGACCUGUAAAACCACUGAGGUAGGUGUCUGGCCUUUCCAAAGCUUUAUAUAUAAAAAGUCUGCCCUAUUCUCGUUCAUUACUCCUUGGCUUUUUUUUCUACCCAUCCCCGUUGCUCUCGCACUUUGUUAAUGAAGAUGGCCCCACUAGUUCAGUAAAUGGAAAAACAAGCUAGAGUGUUGCUUAACCCAGGGUAGGGACAGUUUUCUUUAAACUAGCACCAAACCCCUCCCCUCAUUCCCCUUUCCACCUCCUCCUUUCUUCCCAAUCACUACCGUCACCCCAAAGCCCACCCCCCAUCCCUUCCCCCGCCCCCCAGACGAUGCUGAAUUAUGAACGUGCCACAUCAUGAGUCUCCUGGGGCGGGUAGCUGUGCGUCGAGCCAGGAAAACCGCCCUGCUCUGUGUCGUCUUCCUCAUGGUGCAAGUGUGCGUGGAGGUGGCGGCAGGAGCGGCGGGUCCCCAAGGCUGCCCGCCCGUCUGCUCCUGCAGUAACCAGCUCAGCAAGGUGGUGUGCACCCGCCGCGGUCUCACCCGCGUGCCCCCUGGCAUCCCCACAAACACAAGGCACCUCAACCUGAUGGAGAACGGCAUCGAGGCAGUGGAGGCCGACUCCUUUCGACAUCUCCACCACCUGGAGGUGCUUCAGCUGGGGCGCAAUGCCAUCCGACAGAUCGAGGUAGGAGCCUUCAAUGGCCUUACCAGCUUGAACACCCUGGAGCUCUUCGAUAACCGGCUGACAGUAGUGCCUAGCGGCGCUUUUGAGUAUCUGUCAAAGCUGAGGGAACUGUGGCUGAGAAACAACCCCAUCGAGAGCAUACCUUCUUAUGCCUUCAACCGAGUGCCCUCUCUCAUGCGUCUGGACCUAGGUGAGCUGAGAAAGCUUGAGUACAUCUCUGAAGGGGCCUUUGAGGGUUUGGUCAACCUCAAGUACCUCAACUUAGGCAUGUGCAACAUCCGAGGAGAGAUGCCCAACCUGAACCCGCUGCUAGCACUAGAGGAGCUGGAGAUCUCAGAGAACUUCUUCCCUGAGAUCAAACCCAGCUCUUUCAAAGGACUGACAUCCCUUAAAAAGCUAUGGAUCAUGAACUCUAAAAUAGGGCUAAUUGAACGCAAUGCAUUCGAUGACCUGUCCUCUCUGGUGGAGCUAAACCUAGCCCACAACAAUCUGAGUUCUCUGCCCCAUGAGUUGUUUGCCCCUUUGAAGUUCUUGGUGGAACUACACCUCCACCACAACCCUUGGAACUGCGGCUGCGAUUCAUUGUGGCUAGCACGGUGGCUGCGUGACUACAUCCCAACCAACUCGACCUGCUGCGGCAGAUGUCAUUCUCCAGCACACAUGAGAGGUCGUCAGAUGGUGGAGGUGGACAGAGGUGACACCGGUGCAAUGCAGUGCUCUGCCCCCUUCAUUGCAGAUGCCCCAAGAGACCUCAAUAUUUCAGCAGAACGGGUAGCAGAGCUGCGAUGUCGAACGCCGUCAAUGUCGUCAGUGCGGUGGCUCCUACCAAAUGGCACUAUACUGACACAUGCAUCCAGUCAUCCAAGGAUAACCGUGCUCAAUGAUGGAACUCUAAACUUUUCGAACGUGCUUGUGGCCGACACAGGCAUGUACACUUGCAUGGUGUCCAACGCAGCAGGAAAAUCCAAUGCUUCGGCUUACUUAAAUGUGAGCGCAGCUGAACUCAACACAUCCAACCUCAGCUACUUCACUACUGUCACAGUGGAAGUGCUGGGACCGACAUCUGAGCUGCCAAAAACCAAGACCACAACAACCACACCAGGUGCAAGUACAACGACCACAGCUUCUCCCUCUGUCUUUCAACCGGUUUUCAUCUCAACACCAACAGUACUUCUCCAAAGCACUGACAUACCACCAAGUCGGCCGCCUGCAGUGCCAGCUUCAAAAGUUACAACAGGGAAACCUCCCAAUCCAGCCAGCACCAGCCUGGACGAGGUCAUGAAGACAACAAAGAUCAUCAUUGGCUGUUUUGUGGCAGUGACACUGCUAGCAGCAAUCAUGCUAAUAGUGUUCUACAAACUGAGGAAGCGGCAUCAACAAAGGAGCACCGUGGCUGCAGCCAGGACUGUGGAGAUCAUUCCUGUGGAUGAGGACCUACCACCACCUGCAUCUGCUGCCAGUAUACGAGGGGAGGGAGCACUAACACUACCAGAGAUUAGGGACCAUAACAGUAUUCACAAGUUGGACUACAUCACCCACAAAUCAGACUACAGCUACCAUAAACCCAAAAUGGAUUACAGCACUCACAAACCCAAGUCAGAUUACAGCAUCCACAAACCCAAACCUGACUUUAGCACUUAUAAACCGAAAUCGGACUACUGCAUCCAGAUUCCCAAGACAGACUACAUUACACACAAGCCAAAAGAGGAUUACAACACUUACAAACCACAAGUGGACUACAGCCCUCACAAACCAUCCCCAGACUUCACUCACAGAUCAUUGCCUGAUUAUCACAUUAAAAAGCCAGAGCAAAGUCCGUACAAACCUGGAUAUAACACCCACAAGCCUGAUUACAAAUCUCAAACAGUCAAACCAGACUUCAGCCCUUUCAAACCAGAUUACAGCAUUCACAAACCCAAAACAGACUAUAGCACGCACAAAGCCAAAACCAAUUACAUUCCCCACAAAGCUGCCACCAACUACAGUCCCUUCAAGAUGGAUUGCAGUCCCUUCAAACCGGACUACAGUGCAUUUAAGGCAGACUACAGCCCACUCAAAGCUGAAUACAUCAGCCACAAACCAGACUUUAGCCCCCACAAGUCUAAAAUGGAUUACAGUCCUCACAAAGAGGACUACAGCCCCCAUAAGCUCAACUAUAGCACCCUAAAGCCCAAGUACAACACCUACAAGCCUGGAGGACAUGCAGCUAAAUGGACAGAAAGCAACAGCAUUGGAAACUCUCUUCCUCGAACCUUGCCCAGUACCAUCACCACUAUCUCAGAGCCCUUCGUCAUGAAAACACAUGCGAAGGAGAAAGUACAAGAGACUCAAAUCUAGCCCUCGACAACCUGCUCCCAAAAGAGAAAUUGUGGCCAAAUCACGGCCAGAAAUAUAUCCCUAAUCCCCUUAAAACACUCCCAAGACACCCAAUGAAAACAUGCAAUAGAAUGCACAAAGAGAAAAAAAAAAAAAAAAAAAGACUGUUCUUUUUUUUUGUACAGCGUGCAAAUCCUAGAGACUGAUUUCUUGAUGUACAUGCUUAUAAAUAAAUAAAUAAAUAUAUAUAUAUAUGGAGAGAAAAAAAAAUCAGAAAAACUAUCAUGGGCUGUCAUAGAGAAGCAGAUUAUAUUAAAAAUAAAUUAAACUAUUUUCUAACUUGUAACUUCUAUUUAAAAAGACAAGUUGUUUAAAGAUGCUGUCCUGACUUUAAGAAAUGAGGGUAGUGUUUUCAAAGGGCAUUCUGUGUGAUUUCUAAACCAUGCUACAGAGAAUGCAGUGAAAAGAAGAAAAAAAGAAAAGAAAAAAAAACAUUUAUACUGAGAAGUCUUUCUUUAAGAGGAAAAAAAGGUCCAUGUUGAUCUUUACAGAUUUAUCUUGUAAGCACCAUAAAUUUGUACUGUGCCAAAUGUUAUACAUGCAAUAAAAACAGAUUUUUGGAAGAAAAAAAGUAGAGAUUUUUCUUCACUCUCCCUCUCUCUCUCUCUUCUGGCGUACUGUAGCGAUCAGGCAAAGGCUUCAACCACUGCAGUAGGACUCUGCAGUUAGACUUUAACCCUGAAACUGCUGGAUGAUGCUUGAACCUAAUGAGCUCCUUUAGAGAAGAGUUAUGCAUCUUGCUUUACACACGCUCGACCGCAUCACCGUCUGUCAAUUUACACUCAGCUUAUGUAAUUAGGGCUGAGUCUGCAUUUUCGCCUCCUAGGAGGUGGAUAUCUGAAACAUGACGUGUUUCUUUCCAAGUUCUCAAUGCGUCAGCUGCAGGUAAACAGCUGGCAGAAAAGCUGCUGAAUAAAGCUACUUUUUUUUCAAGGGCAAAGACGAUCAGAAGAAUAUUUAGAGUAUACAUAUAAAGUGCUUUGAUCUUGGCUGAGGUGGUUUCAAUGUGCUUUAAUGCUUAUUUUGUUAAACAGCAGGUUUUAUAGAAAGAAAUACAACUCAAUGCAUUUUGCCUUCAAAAUUUAGAAAAAGGUGUGUGGUAGGUGAUUUAUCACCACAAAUUGAUCUGUUUUGUUAGGAAAAAAUACAGUACAAUAUGAUCUACAAGACUGUGGGCUUUUUUAUAAAAAAAUUAAAAAAAUAUAUAUAUAUUGAUGCCCUUUUCAUGAAAGUUUCAAUCAAAUCUUUUCAUUGCAUUCCUAAACAUCAGAUUUUGUUUCAUAUUAUGGUAUUAAUAAACAAGUAUAUACAUAUAUUUAGGUGUUUAAUACACAAAAUGGUAAUAAAAGGAUCCUGCUCCCUUUUUAGAACAGGAUGCGCUUCUCAGAACACGGUGAAAUUCAGGCUUGGCAUGCAUGGG